UCCCCCACUUCUCCUCGGCUCAUCCAGCAAGAAAAUAUCCAUUGUAAUACAAGUGAAAGUAUAGCAACCAAAAGAGCAAACCAAAUACCAAUCUCACCAAAACCAAAACUGCAACAGCAAAAAACCAAAAUCAUAAUACCAAUCUUCUAUGUAUCCCCGUGCAAAACGAAUCGAACUGAAAAUCGCUCUGAAAUUCGAAAACCGAAAAACUGAAAAUCGAAAUGAUAAAAUGAAACUAAAAUAUUGCCGCCCACCAAUUGACCGACCACCAGGAUUCAAACGGCCGCCGACAUGCGUUAUCUGCACGACCUGAAUGUCCAGAUAUCCCAGAACCGCCGAUCCGUCUCCGUUUCGAAGCAAAUGGACAGGGAUCUGUGCAACCAGCACUUCGACACCUUCGAAACGUUCUGGGGCAGACCAGGACAUGGAGCCCGGGGCGAUAAGACCAACAAGUUAAAGCUGGACAAUCUGCUCUACGGCGCCAGCGAGUCGGCCUAAGGCCUUGGGAA